GAGGGAGUGAGGGAGCGGGCACGAGCCUGGCGCGGGAGCGCGCGUCAGAGCGGGGCUAGAGCGAGGGAGGGAGGGAGCCGGGGAACGAGGGAGGGGGUCCGGCUCGACCCCAGACCCGGUCCCAGCCAUGGCGCAGAUACUGCCCAUCCGCUUCCAGGAGCACUUCCAGCUUCAGAACCUGGGAAUCAAUCCUGCCAACAUUGGCUUCAGCACACUGACGAUGGAGUCUGACAAGUUCAUCUGCAUCCGAGAGAAGGUGGGGGAGCAAGCGCAGGUGGUCAUCAUCGAUAUGAGCGACCCGGCCGCCCCCAUCCGCCGGCCCAUCUCUGCCGAAAGCGCCAUCAUGAACCCAGCUUCUAAAGUCAUCGCCCUGAAAGCGGGAAAGACCCUCCAGAUUUUCAAUAUCGAGAUGAAGAGUAAAAUGAAAGCCCACACGAUGGCGGAGGAGGUGACUUUCUGGAAAUGGGUCUCUGUCAACACCGUCGCCUUGGUGACCGACACCGCUGUCUACCACUGGAGCAUGGAGGGGGACUCUCAGCCCCUGAAGGUGUUUGACCGCCACGCGAGUCUGGCCGGCUGCCAGAUCAUCAACUACAGGACUGACGACCACCAGAAGUGGCUGCUGCUUAUCGGCAUCUCUGCCCAGCAAAAUCGUGUGGUUGGAGCAAUGCAGCUUUACUCAGUGGACAGGAAGGUCUCUCAGCCAAUAGAAGGCCAUGCUGCAGCUUUUGCCGAGUUCAAAAUAGAAGGGAACUCCAAGACUUCCACUCUUUUCUGUUUUGCUGUACGGAGCCCUACAGGUGGCAAGCUGCACAUCAUUGAGGUGGGCCAGCCUGCAGCAGGGAACCAGCCCUUUGGGAAGAAAGCCCUCGAUGUGUUUUUUCCUCCGGAGGCUCAGACGGAUUUCCCUGUGGCUAUGCAGAUAGGAGUCAAGCACGGGGUCAUUUACUUGAUCACAAAGCACGGCUACAUUCACAUGUACGACUUGGAGUCUGGCACGUGCAUCUACAUGAACCGCAUCAGCGCCGACACGGUCUUCGUCACGGCUUCCCACGAGCCCACGUCUGGCAUUAUUGGCGUGAACAAGAAAGGACAGGUCUUGUCGGUCUGCGUGGAGGAGGAGAACAUCGUCAGUUACGCCACCAACGUGCUCCAGAACCCAGACCUGGGCCUGCGCAUGGCCAUUCGCAGCAAUCUGGCCGGGGCCGAGGAGCUCUUUGCCCGGAAAUUUAACACCCUGUUUGCGCAGGGCAGCUACGCCGAAGCGGCCAAAGUGGCUGCCUCUGCGCCCAAGGGGGUCCUGCGCACCAGUGACACUAUCCGCAAGUUCCAGAGUGUGCCGGCCCAGGCCGGCCAGGCCUCCCCCCUGCUCCAGUACUUUGGCAUCUUGCUGGACCAAGGGCAGCUGAACAGAUCCGAGUCCUUGGAGCUCUGCCGGCCCGUGCUGCAGCAGGGCCGCAAGCAGCUCCUGGAGAAAUGGCUGAAGGAGGACAAGCUUGUGUGUUCCGAGGAGCUGGGAGACCUGGUCAAGGCCGCCGACCCCACUCUGGCGCUCAGCGUCUACCUCCGGGCCAGCGUGCCCAGCAAAGUGAUCCAGUGCUUUGCUGAGACGGGCCAGUUCCAGAAGAUCGUGCUCUACGCCAAGAAGGUUGGGUACACCCCGGACUGGAUCUUCUUGCUGAGGAGUGUGAUGAGGGUCAGCCCAGAGCAGGGUCUGCAGCUGGCGCAAAUGCUGGUGCAAGAUGAGGAGCCGUUGGCCAACAUUAACCAGAUCGUGGAUGUCUUCAUGGAGAACAGCUUGAUCCAGCAGUGCACGUCUUUCUUACUGGAUGCCUUGAAGAACAACCGCCCCUCAGAGGGGCACCUCCAGACCCGCCUCCUGGAGAUGAACCUCAUCCAUGCCCCACAGGUUGCGGAUGCCAUCCUUGGGAAUCAGAUGUUUACCCACUAUGACCGUGCCCACAUUGCCCAGCUCUGUGAGAAAGCAGGCCUGCUGCAGAGGGCCUUGGAGCACUACACGGACCUGUAUGACAUCAAGCGGGCCGUGGUCCACACUCACCUCCUGAAUCCUGAGUGGCUCAUCAAUUUCUUUGGCUCACUGUCAGUGGAGGAUUCUGUGGAGUGCCUGCGAGCAAUGCUGUCGGCCAACAUCCGCCAGAACCUCCAGCUGGGCGUGCAAGUGGCCUCCAAGUACCAUGAGCAGCUGGGCACGCAGGCCCUCGUGGAUCUCUUUGAGUCCUUCAAGAGUUAUGAAGGCCUCUUUUACUUCCUGGGCUCCAUUGUCAACUUUAGUCAGGAUCCCGACGUGCAUUUCAAAUACAUCCAGGCUGCCUGCAAGACUGGGCAGAUCAAGGAGGUGGAGAGAAUAUGCCGAGAAAGCAACUGCUAUAACCCGGAGCGGGUGAAGAACUUCCUUAAGGAGGCGAAGCUCACAGACCAGCUUCCGCUGAUUAUCGUUUGCGACAGAUUUGAUUUUGUUCAUGACCUGGUUCUGUAUUUAUACCGCAACAACCUGCAGAAGUACAUCGAAAUCUACGUUCAGAAGGUCAACCCCAGCCGCAUCCCGGCCGUGGUCGGAGGGCUGCUCGAUGUGGACUGUGCAGAGGACGUCAUUAAAAACUUAAUCAUGGUGGUGAGGGGGCAGUUCUCCACCGAGGACCUGGUGGCUGAAGUGGAGAAAAGAAACAGGCUAAAGCUGCUUCUCCCGUGGCUGGAAUCGCGAAUCCACGAAGGCUGCGAAGAGCCAGCCACCCACAACGCCCUCGCCAAGAUCUAUAUCGACAGUAACAAUAACCCCGAGCGCUUCCUCCGCGAGAACCCCUACUACGACAGCCGCGUUGUAGGUAAAUACUGUGAAAAGAGGGACCCGCAUUUGGCCUGUGUUGCCUAUGAGAGGGGGCAGUGUGACCUCGAGCUCAUUCAGGUUUGCAAUGAGAAUUCUCUGUUCAAAAGUGAAGCUCGUUACCUGGUUCGCAGAAAAGACCCAGAACUCUGGGCCAGUGUCCUGGAGGAAAACAACCCGUUCAGGCGACAGCUCAUUGACCAGGUGGUGCAGGCCGCCCUGUCUGAGACCCAGGACCCCGAGGAGGUCUCCGUGACCGUGAAAGCCUUCAUGACUGCUGACCUGCCCAGCGAGCUCAUUGAGCUCCUCGAGAAGAUCGUGCUGGAUAACUCUGUGUUUAGUGAGCACAGGAAUCUCCAGAAUCUCCUCAUUCUGACUGCCAUCAAGGCGGACCGCACGCGGGUGAUGGAGUACAUCAAUCGGCUGGAUAACUAUGAUGCCCCGGACAUCGCCAACAUCGCCAUCAGCAACGAGCUCUACGAGGAAGCCUUUGCCAUCUUCAGGAAGUUUGAUGUGAAUACGUCGGCCGUUCAGGUCCUCAUAGAGCACAUUGGGAAUCUGGACCGCGCUUAUGAAUUUGCAGAAAGGUGCAACGAGCCGGCAGUGUGGAGCCAGCUGGCCAGGGCCCAGCUGCAGAAAGACUUGGUGAAAGAGGCCAUUGACUCUUACAUCAAAGCCGAUGACCCCUCCUCUUACCUGGAAGUGGUGGAGGCCGCCAACCGAAACGGUAACUGGGAAGAUCUGGUUAAAUUUCUACAUAUGGCCAGGAAAAAGGCCCGAGAAUCCUACGUCGAGACUGAGCUCGUUUUUGCUUUGGCUAAAACAAACCGCCUGUCUGAGCUAGAAGAGUUUGUCAAUGGACCCAACAAUGCCCACAUCCAGCAGGUUGGUGAUCGCUGCUAUGAGGAGGCCAUGUACGAAGCGGCCAAAUUGCUCUACAAUAACGUGUCCAAUUUUGCCCGCCUGGCAUCUACCUUGGUGCACCUUGGGGAAUAUCAGGCUGCAGUGGACAGCAGCCGCAAGGCCAACAGCACCAGGACCUGGAAGGAGGUGUGUUUUGCCUGUGUUGAUGGGCAGGAGUUCCGGCUGGCUCAGUUAUGUGGCCUCCAUAUUGUAAUCCAUGCUGACGAACUUGAGGAGCUAAUCAGCUACUACCAGGAUCGGGGCUACUUUGAAGAACUGAUUGCCUUGCUGGAGGCUGCCUUGGGCCUAGAGCGGGCUCAUAUGGGGAUGUUCACCGAGCUUGCCAUCCUGUAUUCCAAAUUCAAGCCCCAGAAGAUGCGGGAGCACCUUGAGCUCUUCUGGUCCAGAGUCAAUAUUCCCAAGGUCCUGAGAGCUGCCGAGCAGGCUCACCUCUGGGCUGAGCUCGUGUUUCUCUACGACAAGUACGAGGAGUACGAUAAUGCCAUCAUGACCAUGAUGGCCCAUCCCACGGAGGCCUGGAAAGAAGGGCAGUUCAAGGACAUCAUCACCAAGGUGGCCAAUGUGGAGCUGUACUACAAAGCGCUCCGCUUUUACUUGGAUUACAAACCCCUCCUGAUCAAUGACCUCCUGCUGGUGCUCUCGCCCCGUCUGGACCACACCCGAACUGUCCGGUUUUUUUCAAAGGUGAAUCAGCUUCCUCUGGUGAAGCCCUAUCUGCGCUCAGUCCAAAAUCAUAAUAAUAAGGGGGUCAAUGAGGCUCUUAACAACCUGCUGACUGAGGAAGAGGAUUACCAGGGCUUGAGGGCCUCCAUCGAUGCCUACGACAACUUCGACAACAUCAGCCUGGCCCAGCGGCUGGAGAAGCACCAACUGAUGGAGUUCCGGCGGAUCGCGGCUUAUUUGUACAAAGGAAACAACCGCUGGAGACAGAGCGUGGAGCUCUGUAAGAAAGACCGUCUCUAUAAGGACGCCAUGCAGUACGCAGCCGAGUCCAGGGACGCCGAGCUGGCCGAGAGCCUUCUGCAGUGGUUCCUGGAGGAGGGCAAACAGGAGUGCUUCGCGGCGUCUCUCUUCACCUGCUACGACCUGCUGCACCCCGAUGUCGUCCUCGAGCUCUCCUGGCGCCACAGCAUCAUGGACUUUGCCAUGCCUUACUUUAUCCAGGUGAUGAGGGAAUAUCUUACCAAAGUGGACAAGCUGGACGCCUCGGAGAGCCUGCGGAGGGACGAGGAGCAGGGGGCGGAGCCGGCGCCCAUCGUGUUCGGCCAGCAGCUGAUGCUGACGGCGGGCCCCACUGCGGCGCCUUCUCAGGGCGCCUUCUCCUACGGCUACGGGGCUCCGGCCUUCCCCCAGGCCCCCGUUUACAGCUUCAACAUGUAGCGGGGGCUCCGCGGGGCCCCCUCCCCGCCCGUCCACCUGGCCGUCGCGUGGCAGCGCUUCCCGAGGAGCCGCUCUGUUAUUUAUUGUCUCUAACGCUCUGUCGCCUCCCGGCCGGCCGCCCGCAGGGCCCUUCCUGCCCCAGCCGCGGGGAGCCGGCGGCCCCUUCCCACUUCCAGCUCUGCGGCCGGGGAGCCCCCAUCCCAUCCGGGGCGCAGAGACUGCCUUAUCUGCCCCUUCCCUGUCUGCGCUGGCGUCCCAGAAGAGCGCGUGGCCGGAGGCUGAAGGAAAGAAGAGGGAGGCAGGGAGUCCUGGAGGAGGCCGUCUCCGGAGCAAAGGUCAUUGGUCAGAGUCGGCUGCUUGGGGAGGCGUGUCGAGGGGAAGAGCCCCGGCCCCCCCUCGGGUCGGGCCGCCCCCGCCAAGCCAGCAGACUAGUUCCUUUGGGCCCUCUUCAAACACACACCAUUAACAUUUGUUGUCUGGAAAUAGAUAAGUGGAUAAUUUAUGGUUCUGAAUCUGCCGCUAAUCAUGAGGAAUAAAGCCCGUUAGAGCUCA